AUGGCCUACAAUUCUCUCCUCCCGCCUGAACUUCAACCGGUUUAUCAACAGCAUUAUGGGGAAGGCGUGGGUGGGGCUGCAUCGUAUGUAACACCCUUAGAUCCCGUCACUGCCUCCCAGAUGACCUACCACCAUGAGGGUAUGUUACCGUUCGGAGACUACUACUCCACCCCAGUAGCAGAUGCUGUAGGUUUUGACAGUCAGCCUGUUAUAGGACACUAUAACCCACCACCGUACGCACCAAACGUUUAUCACUCGAUGGUCGGAAAAUAUCCUCCACCCUAUAAAUCCAUGCCAGUCCUGCCUCCGAUUGCUGCGGCCAGCCAAGUACGGAUUGAAAGCUCUCCAGCUGUGCUCCAAGGCGGGUCGUAUACCAUUGACGGAACACUGGUCUACGGGGAUUUCAUUCCAACGAACGAAUACAUCGGGCAGUUUGACACGCUACCAGUUAAUCUACGGUCAGAGUUGCGUGAAACGUACGGUGUGUAUCCAAGGACGGAUGUGAAAAUCGUUGUCAAUGAUGGACGUUAUCAUCUGUACGCAACGCCGAUCAUUCGUAACGGUGUGUCCGUAGAACAAUUACCUCCAGUAAUCCGACCGCGUUUUCAUCAUCUGCCCAUGCCAGUGCGUCGGGGUAUUGGAUUUCCUCGUCCCCUGACUGGACUCAGUGAAACUUUUGGAUCUGUCAAUUUGUCUAGAGCGUCCAAUUAUCAUCGAGUGUACCGUAGUUCCUCUCCAGUGAUGCGACUAAGUCCGUCUCCGCCUUUACCACUUGCUCCGAUCAGAGAACGCGUUGUGGUACGUCGGAGUCCGUCGCCAUUAGUCGUAGAAGAAGUACCUCUAACGCCACAACCACCUCGGAUGUAUGCCAACUAUGUCCGAACAACACGACUAGCUCCGAGUCCACGGCGUGUACGCUACAGAUCUCCGACUCGCUAUACGGAGAGAAAUCUACGACGUGGUUAUAUCGAGUCGGAUGGACGAGUUGAUAUGAUCAGGGAUUUAUUUCAUCCUUGA